UCUUCCUCUCUCUCUGUAUCUCAGAUUCAUUCUUGGUCAUCGGCUUCUACAGACAGCCUCUAUCUCCACUGUCUCCUUAAACAAGUGCGGAGUUAAUUGUUACAGUUUGCGUCACGACUGCAGCUCCAUGCCCUUUGCGGAUCUUUUUUUUCUUUCUAUUAUUAUUAUUGUCUUGCAAUCAAUCUUUUGAUUUUUGGAGAAAUUUUUUUUUCUUCUCUCUCUCUCUCUUCACCAGGACUGAAAUAUAUAUAUAUGUAUAUUAUUUGAGGUGUGAAACUGCUGAGCUCCGCAAGGAAGUUGCCUAAGGCGGACAGGGACCCCGCGGGAUGCUUCCCCUCUUCCACAUCGUGGGUGGAACCUGAUUUUCUGAUUUUCUUACCUCUAAUACUCCCUCCGUGGGUGUCUUCACAUUCCUUCGGUGAUGGGUGUUUAAUGCCAGAUUGUCUCAUGCUCUGCGCAGUAGUUGUUGGGGCUCUGCAAAAGAUGUGACUUGUGCUUUACACGCUCUGCCCCCGAACCAGAUACUCGCAGCUGAAGUGCCACAUUUCCUGCUACACCUCCUGUCUGUGCUCCGUCUUCCCUGGAUUAUGACUUGCUCAUGGGGCUCGGCUAACUCCGCACCUGGGGUCCUUUACCCCCGCCUCAUUAAUCAGUAGGAAAGGGCUGACUUUAAUAAUCUUUAAAGACUCUUGGAUCGUGCUCUGUUACUAACCUCUUUGAUCAUGGAAUCUCAGUGGGGCCCGACUUUUCCCCUCCACUCUCCCUCCGUCAUCUUCCUGCUUCUGGCUACUUCUUACACCUGGCUCUUUCCCGUCACAUCCCCUCAGCGAGUCCCGAUAGACCCCCAGGCCGCUCCGGAAUACGCUCACUCCAUCCGACUGGACGGCGACAUCAUACUCGGCGGGCUUUUCCCGGUGCAUUCGCGGGGAGAUCGUGGCACGCCUUGCGGGGAGCUGAAAAAGGAGAAGGGCAUCCACCGCCUGGAGGCCAUGAUGUUUGCCAUUGACCUGAUCAACAAGGAUCCCGAACUGCUGCCCAACAUCACGCUGGGGGCCCGGAUCUUGGAUACCUGCUCCAGGGACACGUACGCUCUGGAGCAGUCCCUGACGUUCGUGCAGGCCCUAAUAGAAAGGGACGGCUCCGACGUCCGCUGCGCCAACGGAGACCCUCCGAUCUUCACCAAGCCCGACAAGAUCGUGGGCGUGAUUGGGGCCGCGUCCAGCUCCGUGUCCAUCAUGGUGGCCAACAUCCUGCGUCUGUUCAAGAUCCCCCAGAUCAGCUACGCCUCCACCGCGCCGGAGCUGAGCGACAACAGCCGCUACGACUUCUUCUCCCGUGUGGUGCCGCCAGACUCCUACCAGGCUCAGGCCAUGAUGGACAUCGUCACGGCGAUGGAAUGGAACUACGUGUCCACGUUGGCCUCGGAGGGCAACUACGGGGAGAGCGGCGUGGAGGCCUUCGUCCAGAUUUCCAGAGAAACUG